AUGGAUAAGAUAGCGACGGAAAAUCUUUUUCUUUUGGAAUUUCUAGUGGACAACGUUAAUUUGGAUCCGUCCUGCGAUUGCGACGAAGUCGAAGGUGAAAAAUGCGUGUCGUUCCAAUUUUUAGAUAACGCACCUUUGGAUGUAUGCGAAGCCGAUUUUAACCCUCAAAGAAACUAUAUAUCGAAUUGUCCGAAAGAUACCAACAUAAAAAGUGGCAAAUCGUGUUUAUUUUCCCUAUCACCCGAACAAGCGGAAGAAGCAAUCAAUAAGUUAGACAUUUACGUUUCGAUUUAUAAGAAAAUGCCUCCUGGUAGUUGGAUACCGGAAAAUGUAGAAAUCGGUAGCGCUCUUAUAUCAAUAGCUAAUUUAUUCGAAGAACUUAUCAAUUGCAUAACAACUUCCACGGGGGAAGAAAGUACUUCUCCUACAGCGAAAACAUUGAAAGAUUCUUUCGAUAUCAGUACACCCGAAGGAGAAAUAUGCGGAAAAAUAGGCGUUUAUAUAAGAUUAUCGUGUUUCGGAAAACUCAUAGUGACACAAUUUCAAAUGAAUUUGCAAGAUAAAUCAGUUUUAUUUAAAGAUAAAGAAGGAAAAUCUUUAUAUAGGUACAAAAAAGGCGGAAAAGGUGGUAAAAGCGGUGACAAAUGUACACCUAAAACUAAUAAAAACAACGGAAAACGUUAUAACGAUUCAUGUCCUACUACUCCAUGCGGCGGGGACGCUAGAGCUCCCGUUCGAAAUAAUUCAAACGGACAACCAACACCUGGCGAUUGUCCCGUAACUUCUCCAACUUCAGCAUCUCCUUUCGAUAAUACCGGAAAAGUAUGCGUGGAUAAUUGUCCGUUAAAACCGUGUUUGAUAGAUCAAAAUAACCCGGGAAUUGGUAAUGCGACGAUGGGUUUUAACGUAGCAGGAGGACAAUAUAAUUACAACGGCGGUGGAAUGGGUUUUAAUCCAGCUCCAAUGGGAUUUCCCGGUAUGGUUCCACAAGCUCCUUGUAUGGAAUGCGGUAAUAUUCCGAACGCUCCUUGUUUACCACCGACGCAAUACGGACCCUACGGUGGCGGUUUUAACGGAGUUUUGGGAAACCCGAUGAUGCGCGGUGGCGCCGGUAGCAUCGGUCAACCGUGUUCGGAAUGUUCUCCUUGUCCUAACGCCGAUGAUUCAUGCGCUUGCGCGAAAUCAGAUCCGGAAGGUAAUUACCAAGAAAUCGGCGCUUCGAUGGGGGGAAAUUCUUUAACGAUAAGAGUACAUAAAGAUAAUAAAAUAGAACCGGCCGAUGACGGCGAAUCUGGUAGUUGUAUAUGCGGAAACGCGAAAAACAACAUGAACCUCAACAUAGAACCCGGUAUAAAGCAAGCCGGCAAAGAAUUACCUUUCGCUUUUAGAAUGGGUCAACAGGGUCAAGGACAGACAGGUGGCGUUGUGGUAAAUCCUCCGACUUGUACGGCCGCGAACGGAGCUAAAGUUACCGAAUUUUCGGAUCCUAAUAAAGAAUUGUUCGUAUUGAGAAUCGGGAAAAAAAGCGAAGGUGUAGAUAAAAAACAAAAUUUGGAAUUGGAACUUUGUACGCCGAAAGGUCCGGAACGGAAACCGAUACCGCAAAAAAAAUCGACGGAUACGCAAUACGAUCCCAACGAUGCCGGUCCGGAAACGAAAGGUAAAGGUAAGGGGAAAGGUAAAGGAAAGGGUAAAGGAAAGAAGAAAUGA